AUGGGCUCGCGUCACGCUGCUAUAAUGACCACAUUUAUCUUGGUGGCCUUGGCAUCAGCAAUACUGGCUGAUUCCUCGUUCAUAAAAUUCCACGAGAAUGCGGAAUUGGGAAUGAACCUCAGAACGGGCACGGAUGAACUGGAAGAACUGUUGAGCUCCCGCAGAGUUCUUGCAGGAAAAGCUCGUAUAAGUUACGAUGCUCUUAACAAGAACAAGGUGCCAUGCAACACCCGUGGCUCCGCUUAUUAUAAUUGUCAAGCAACUGGGAGAGCUAAUCCGUAUCGCCGUGGCUGCACUGCUGCUACGCGUUGUGCGCGCCACUGA